AUGGCCAAAGAUCAAUACUAUCAUGUCCCCCUCCCAGGUUCCCGGUAUACUCGUGUCAUCCAUUUGGACCCUGCCACGGACCCAACAACGCCCAUUCAAUGCCGUCUACAGCACAUUUCCCUCGAUGAUCAUCCAGAAUGGGAUGGAGAUUACACCGCAGUCUCUUACACCUGGGAGUCUCAAAGACCAAGUCGUUCGAUUGGAUGCCAUGAUGGGAGCUUGCUGGUCACCGUCACCUGCGAGGAAGCCCUCCGUCAUCUUCGUCAUGAGACGGAUGUGGCCAAGCUUUGGGUCGAUAGUAUAUGCAUCGAUCAAACAACAGGAGGGCUAACAGAGCGCAACUCUCAGGUUGCUCUUAUGGGUCAAAUCUAUAAGUGCGCUCGUAAGGUUGUCGUUUGGCUCGGGCCAAGCGAUGUCUAUAUCAAGACAGCCAUAGAUACGAUCCGGGAUCUUGUUAGUCCUCUGGAGGAUGACUUGGGGCUAGACCGCAGAGAAUCCCAGCGACAAUUGCAGGAACGAGCCAGGGCUCUUUCAAGAAGUGAGUCGCAAAACACCCCUGUGUCAAUGUUAUGA